AGGACAUCAUGUUUACAGUAUAUCACAGACUUCUGUUGUUCUAUGUCUCUGCAUGUUGUGCAAUACAACGUGUGGCUUUGUUUGAUUACACAGAGCUGGAAAUUUCUCUUAAUUAUUCAUAAGGAGCUUCUAAUAGAGAUCAAAUUCAUUUUGUUUAAGUCAUAAAAUGUUGAACACAAACUCGACUGGAUCUCUGCAGUGUCGUCUAGCUGUUAUAUUGGCAGUCGCUGGUGUCAUCUCUCUCACCGUCAUGUUUUUAUGGGCUUCACCUCAAACCUUUUGUUUACCUCAACAACUUUCAUUUAAGCCAGACUCAAGUAGACACCACGUAGAGAACAACAACUCACUUGAUGAAGCAGUGGUUGACAAACCGAUUCUUUUGUUAUGGGUCUAUCCUGAAAACUACAGAUUCGAUCUGAAUAUCUGUAAAACUGUUUACAACAUUGACGGCUGUCACCUGACGGAUGAUAGAUCUCUCUACAGCAUCACGGAUGCUGUGCUGCUUUUUCAUAAAGCUAUUCGUCUGCACACACUUCCUCCAUCUCCUCGCCCUCCGUUUCAAAAGUGGAUAUGGAUGAAUGUUGAAUCGCCAACUAACACAUGGAAAACAGCAGGAAUUGAAAAUCUGUUUAAUCUGACUCUCACUUAUAGAGAGGACUCUGACAUUCCUGUCCGGUUACGACUGACCAGCAGAAAGAUCCCAGAUGAGAAUUUUGAAAUUCCCAAAAAAGAAAAACUCAUCUGUUGGGUUGUGAGUAACAAUGCAGCCAGCACAGGUGUUGGCACGAGAAACACUUACUAUACAGAACUUAGUAAGUACGUCUACAUACAAGUGUAUGGAAAAGCUUAUGGAUCGUUCCUGGAUUAUAAAGACUACUUUCCCACCAUAGCCAGCUGUAAGUUUUAUCUCGCCUUUGAAAACUCCAUUCACAAAGACUACAUCACUGAGAAGUUAAAUGGACCUCUGGCAGUAGGUACUGUACCUGUGGUGCUGGGACCUCCUCGAAAAAACUAUGAAAGGUUUAUACCGGGUGACUCAUUUAUUCAUGUGAAUGACUUUCCAGAUGCAAAGUCACUAGCAGAAUAUCUUAUCCGUCUGGACCUCGAUGACGACGCGUAUCGCAGGUACUUUAACUGGAGGAGACAUUUCUCAGCUCGACCUCAUUUAAUAUUACAGAAUCAAGAGUUUGUUCUGGCUAUUUGUACGGCCUGUGAUUAUAUAGGAAGACACAAGGAAUAUAAAGAAGCUCACGAUAUCUAUGAAUGGUUUUUCAACUAAUUUCAUCUUAGACUUUAAUGUCGGCCUAGAGGUAUUUUGAUCAUUAAUUACUGUAUGUAUACAUUACAUUCACUUUAAGAGAAGAUGCAUCGUUUUCAAUAUAUAAUAUACUUUAUAUAAUAUCUUCAGCACUUUGGUCUUCUGGUCAAACAUUCAUAUUUUGUAUUGUAUCACUGUUAAAUUGUAAUGCUAAUAUGCUUUUUUUGCAUAUUUCAUAAUUUGU